UCCUCGUCAGUCCGCCCAUAUAAACGCCCCUCGGCCUCUCGCCUCUCACUCACCUCUCGUCCUCCUCCGAGUCUCCGACCACCCGCAGCAGCAACAGGCCAGCACCCAACGAGCAAAGCUUGCUUUCCUAGCCUAGUCACAGAAACAACAGCCACACCCACGGCUACUACACGCGCGCCAGCCAUGGCCUCCGCCUUCUUCUUCGACGCCGAGCCGGUGUGCGAGGUCUCCAGCCUGCUGCUGCCCGCGCUGGACGCCUGCGCGCUCUGCGCCAAGCCGCUGGGACGCGACGACGACAUCUUCAUGUACAGAGGCGACACGCCCUUCUGCAGCGAGGAGUGCCGCGACGAGCAGAUGCAGCUCGACGCCAUCCGCGCCAGGCAGGCCGCCAGGUCCGCCGCCGGACGGAGGCAGCAGCAGCAGCAGCAGCAGUACUCCUCCAGAACAGAGUCCAGGCACCAGGAGUCCAGGAAGGUGUCUGUUGCGACCUGAACGGCCGGGGCCUAAGUGACGGCACGGUCCUGAAGACCAGAAGACAUGCAUCCCCUAUUCCCCUUGUGUGUCAACAAGAGAUUUCUGCACCUGGAGAAACGUCGAUGGGUGCCGGCGGGACAUAGGACUUCGAUUUCUAGGUCGCUGUUGUCCUGCCUGAGCACUGCGCCGAUGCUAUCGGCGCGACGGCGCCCGAGGGCGGACUGACCACUUCGCCUGGGGAAGAAAGUUCAGUCACCGAUCUGUGAUCUGCUUGCUUGUGGCUGUGGCGAGUCGCCCAACUAUGCACACGCACCCCGUUGGACGCUCUGAUCUUUGGCUCGUACAGGGUGCGAAGAGUGUGUUUUAGCGUUGAUUGUACACCGGUUUGUUCUUUGUAAAGCCAGUGCAUGCAUUUGGGAUUUUUUGUUUCCCAUGUGAGAUUUCAACACGAUCUCUGCUCUACUACGACAA